AUGAGCAGGAGCGGAGCUGCUGGAGCUAGGGUUUUGAGAAGCGAGGGAGAUGCAGGGGAGGGUGGAGAAGAUGAUGGGGAGGCAGACGACGAGAGGGGCGGAGGGGGCUCUUGUUUCAUGGCCCCUGCUUUCCUUUUGGCCUCUGGCCAUUCCCCUAGUGCCUUCUGUGCGGGUGUUCCGCUGUUGCCGUUGGGCCUUCCUCCUCUUGCUGUUGAUCGAGGAGAUCUCUUACUUCGAGAAAAAUUCCCGAAGACGUUUGUGAUGAGAGAUCGAUUGAGCACUGAUGACUUAGCAGUCAUAGAGGCUUGCGGGCUUAUCCAUUUGUUACACAUGCCACCUUAUCGAAAUAAUAGGGCAUUACUCACCGUGCUAGUUGAGAGAUGGCAUAGCGAGCUAGGAGAGCCGAUUCUUGCACUAGAGGAGAUAGAUGAUGAUUAUCAGGGUGGAGGUGGAGGUCACCGAGGUGGGAGGAGAUGUAUGGGCAGAGGCAGGAGGGGUAGGAGAGGUGGAGCUAUUGGACAAGGUCGGGGAGCAGGUGGUGACGAGGGAGGAGGAGGAGAUGAGGGAGGUAGUGGGAGAGGUGUGAGGGGUAGAGGAGGAGGAUGGAGGGGAGUUGGUCAAGGAGGGCUAGUACAGGCAGAGGAUGUGGCUGCUAUGGAGGUUGAGGAGGGAUUAGGCAGUGACAGAUUUGAGGAGGAGAGUGAUUCUUCUAGUGAGGAUACUGAGUCUGAGGAGGUUGGUGGGGGAGUGGGUUUGAUAGGAUUGGUGGGAGUAGCCACAAAGGAGGAGGAGGAGGAGUAUGUGCAACCAUUAGCCCGAUGGAGGAGGAUUGAUAUGCCUUCUCCUACCCCUCGAUAG